AUAAUAAUCACAAACUUAUUAAUAAAUAACAAUUGAUUUGAUUGUAUAACCAAUUGGACGACAAUAAUGAGUGACAACAAUAAUAGUGAUAAUAUCAAUGAAAAUGAAAAGCAAUUACAAGACAUUGAACUGAAACGCAAACAAUUGACUCAAGACGAUGACACUGACCAACAAGUGAUCAAUGAAUCGGUGGUCAAAAAGCGCAAAGUAUUGCCAUAUGAAGACGUCUACAUUGAGAAUCUGUGUUCAAGUGAGUCAUAUGAGCGGUCAUUUAUGCACCGGGAUGUGGUUAGUCAUGUGUUGGCCACCACUACCGACUUCAUCAUUACAGCCAGUAUUGAUGGUCACAUCAAGUUCUGGAAGAAAUGUUCGGUUGGUAUAGAGUUUGUCAAACACUUCCGGACACAUUUGCAGCCAAUCACUGAUAUAUGUGUCAACUCAACCGGUACUUUGUUGGCCUCUGUAUCGACCGAUAGGACACUGAAAGUGUUUGAUGUGAUUAACUUUGAUAUGAUUAAUAUGAUUCGGUUAGACUAUAGACCACAUUGUGUCCAAUUUUGUCAUUCGGCAGGAGAUCCCAUUCCAGCGAUAGCUGUAUCCGAUACCGACAGCAAUAAGAUAUACACAUACGACGCCACUUCACCUAAUGUCACACUUAAUGUCUUUGACAGAUUGCACUCAAAUCCAGUAAUUUGUAUGAAAUAUAAUCCAAUAUUUUCAACGAUGAUCUCAGUGGACACCAAAGGAAUGCUUGAUUAUUGGAUGUCUCAUAAAAAUGAUUAUAAAUUUCCUGAAAAUAUUGUUGAAUUUGAAUCAAAACUGGACACCGAUUUAUAUGAAUUGGCUAAAAACAAGACAAUACCUCAUGAUAUCUGCUUUUCAAAAGAUGGUAAAUUGUUUGCUGCAAUUUGUUCAGAUCGUAAAGUCAGAGUUUUUAAAUUCAUAACCGGAAAACUGAUUCGUGUUUUUGAUGAAAGUCUUCAACAUUUAACUCAAUUACAACAGACAACACCACAACUUGGAAAUAUGGAGUUUGGACGGCGUAUGGCUAUGGAAAGGGAUCUCGAAAAAUCUGAUGCCUUUCGUUUUGAACGCAUUUUGUUUGAUGAAAGCGGAUAUUUCUUAAUAUAUCCAACACUUUUAGGCAUAAAGAUUGUCAAUUGGUAUACAAACAGAUGCGUCAAAUUGUUAGGAAAGGGCGAAAACUUUAGAACACUUAGUCUGGCUCUUCAUCAGACUAUUCCAAACAAAAGUAAAGCAGUGAUCAGUAUUGAGAUGAAAGCAAGUGAUAACCCAUCACUUGAUGCCUCACAUCCCGAUCCAACACUUUUCUGUACGGCCUUCAAGAAGAACAGAUUUUACUUAUUUACCCGAAGAGAACCUGAAGAGUCCAGUGAGACAACUGGUUAUGAACGGGACGUGUUUAAUGAAAAGCCUUCUCGAGAGGACAUAAUUGCAGCGACAGAAGCGCCGGCACAGCAACGCAUUUGGGAUAACUGUAUCAUUCAUACAACAAUGGGUGACAUUCAUUGUAAACUGUUUGGUAAAGAAUGUCCCAAAGCUAUUGAAAAUUUUUGUAUUCACUCGAAGAAUGGUUAUUAUAACGGACACAUAUUUCAUAGAGUUAUUAAACAAUUUAUGAUACAAACGGGAGACCCGACCGGCAAUGGAACUGGAGGUGAGUCCAUUUGGGGCGGAGAAUUCGGUGAUGAGUUUCAUCCCGAUCUUAAACACGAUAAGCCAUAUACACUAAGUAUGGCCAACGCGGGUCCCAAUACUAAUGGUUCACAAUUUUUCAUAACUGUUUUGCCAACCUCUUGGUUGGACAAUAAACAUACUGUUUUUGGACGCGUAGUCAAAGGUAUGGAAACGGUUCAGAAUAUAAGUAACGUUAAAACGCAUCCAAAAACUGACAAACCAUACGAUGAUAUAAGAAUAGUAAACAUAACUCUUAAAUAAUAUUUUAUUUUAAUUCAUUUAUAUGUCAUUUGCUAUCAUAAAUAAAUUAUAUUAACU